AUUAGUCAGCGCGAAGUGCCAGGUUAGAACUCAGACAAGGCUCUGUCCAGCCAGCUCAACUCAACUUAACCACCUCAAUUCUUCAGAGGGAUGUCUUUCCUAUAAGUUUAACAAACUGAGGCAUUGACCCAAGUUCUACAACUUUUAACUUUCUUAAUUACUCUUUGCUUACUUUUAACCAGUCUUUAAAGGUGUCUUGUUUAAGAAUUAGUGCGCAACACUUUUAGAGAAGACAGGCGCGUAGUGAAACAUCCACAUUUGGAUUAUAGUUUCUGUUUCUCGUCUUUCAGUUGAGAAAACCCGACUCGUGAUGGUUGUCCUGUCACUUAGGUUACUAAUGGUAGGAGUUGUAGUAGGUCUGACUUCAGCUCUUCUGGCUGGUGAAAUUAUAGAUAAAAAAGACUUGUUGAAGAUCCGUCUGAAAGAGUAUGGCCUCAUUACUCCCAUCAGUACGGAUGCAGAGGGACACUACCUCUCGCAUCUUCUCUCAGCCAAUCACAAGCAGCGUGUGAAGCGUGAGCUUUUGGAAGGGUCAACGCAAGCGGUAGACAGACUGUUCUUUAACAUCACUGUCUUUGGCAAGGAAUUCCACCUCCGACUACAUCCCAACCAAAGAUUAGUGGCUCCAGGAUCUAUGGUGGAAUGGCAUGAUGAGAUCGAAAUAGCUGGGAAUGUAACUGAGAAUGGAACCCACUCAGAGAGAAUACUUAGAAGGGAGUUGCUGAAAACAGACUGCACUUUUAUAGGGGACAUCACGGAUGUGCCUGGAGCUUCUGUCGCUAUUAACAAUUGUGAUGGACUGGCUGGUAUGAUUCGUACUGAUUCUGAUGAGUACUUCAUUGAGCCUCUGGAGCAAGGGACACAGGAACACGAGGAGAGAGGAAGAGUGCAUGUGGUAUAUCGAAGGUCUGCAGUAUUACAAGCUCCGUCAGACAUCUCCUUGGAUUACCAGCCGAUCCAGCCUGAAUUGAAUGCACCAAGGGUGCUGGACAGUAUUGCUAAACAAGUCAAAAGGACAGUCAGGAGACGGAGGCACGCUGGUGACGAUGACUACAAUAUUGAGGUGCUGCUUGGAGUAGAUGAUUCUGUUGUCCGUUUUCAUGGGAAAGAGCAUGUGCAAAACUAUCUCCUCACCCUCAUGAACAUUGUGAAUGAGAUCUACCACGAAGAAUCAUUGGGAGUGCACAUUAAUGUUGUGCUUGUGAGGAUGAUAAUGCUUGGAUAUGCUAAGUCCAUCAGUCUCAUUGAACGUGGCAACCCUUCUCGAAGCCUGGAGAACGUGUGUCGCUGGGCUUUCGUCCAGCAGAAAGAGGAUCCAGAGCACUCAGAGCAUCACGACCAUGCUAUCUUCCUGACCCGGCAAGGCUUUGGCCCCACCGGGAUGCAAGGAUAUGCCCCCGUCACUGGGAUGUGCCACCCUGUCCGCAGCUGCACCCUCAAUCAUGAAGACGGCUUCUCUUCUGCCUUCGUUGUAGCCCACGAAACAGGACAUGUACUGGGAAUGGAGCAUGACGGUCAGGGCAACCGCUGCGGUGACGAAACAGCCAUGGGAAGUGUCAUGGCUCCUCUGGUGCAAGCAGCCUUCCACCGCUACCACUGGUCAAUGUGCAGUGGCCAAGAGCUGAAGAGAUAUAUUCAUUCAUAUGACUGCCUGCUGGACGACCCCUUCAAACAUGACUGGCCGCAGCUCCCUGAACUUCCCGGCAUCAAUUACUCCAUGGAUGAGCAGUGUCGCUUCGAUUUUGGAGUUGGAUACAAAAUUUGUACUUCAUUUCGCACUUUUGAUCCAUGCAAGCAGCUUUGGUGCAGUCAUCCAGAUAACCCUUACUUCUGCAAGACCAAGAAAGGACCACCAUUGGAUGGCACUGAAUGUGCACCUGGGAAGUGGUGCUACAAAGGUCACUGCAUGUGGAAGAAUGCCAACCAAGUGAAGCAAGAUGGAGCCUGGGGCGCCUGGAGCAAGUAUGGCUCCUGCUCUCGCUCCUGCGGGACAGGCGUCCGAUUCAGAACCCGCCAGUGCAACAACCCUGUUCCAUCUAAUGGAGGUCAGGACUGUCCAGGGGUUAACUAUGAGUACCAGCUGUGUAACAUUGAUGAUUGCCCCAAACACUUUGAGGACUUCAGAGCACAGCAAUGUCAACAACGCAACUCCCACUUUGAAUACCAGAACACUAAACACCACUGGCUUCCCUACGAACACCCAGACGCCAACAAAAGGUGUCACCUUUAUUGCCAGUCGAGAGAAACAGGUGACGUGGCUUACAUGAAGCAACUGAUGCAUGAUGGGACAAAGUGCUCUUACAAAGACCCGUACAGCAUCUGUGUGCGUGGAGAGUGUGUGAAAGUGGGCUGUGACAGGGAAAUUGGCUCCAACAAGGUGGAGGAUAAGUGUGGUGUGUGUGGGGGUGACAACUCCCACUGCCGAACUGUGAAAGGAACCUUCACCCGUGUGCCCAAGAAAGCUGGGAAAACAAGAGGAGCCUUCUUGCUGCCGAAAGGAGCUCGGAAUAUAUAUCUGAAUGAAACGGAGGAUUCUAGAAAUGUGAUGGGUUACCUAAAGAUGUUUCUCAUUCCUCCUGGGGCUAGACAUGUGAUCAUACAAGAACAUGAGGCUUCUCCUCAAAUUCUUGCUAUCAAGAACCAAGCAACAGGACAUUACAUUCUCAAUGGCAAAGGAGAAGAUGCAAGAUCUCGGCGCUUCAUUGAAAUAGGAGUGGAGUGGGACUACCUCAUCGAGGAUGAUGUCGAGACUCUCUACACUGAUGGUCCACUACAUGAUGCAAUUGUUGUUCUGAUUAUACCUAAAGACAAUGAGACGAGGUCCACACUGAUGUACAAAUACAUCAUCCAUGAAGAUUCUGUGCCCCUUAACAACAAUAAUGUCAUUCAGGAGGACACAUAUGAAUGGGCGCUUAAAAGCUGGUCCCAAUGUUCAAGACCUUGUGCUGGAGGAUUCCAAUACACCAAAUAUGGGUGUCGUAAAAAAGGUGACAACAAAAUGGUGCACAGAGGCUACUGUGACCUCAACAAGAAACCCAAACCUAUUCGCAGAAUGUGUAACUUACAAGACUGCACUCAACCACAAUGGAUCACAGAAGAGUGGGAACAUUGUACUAAAACCUGUGGGAGCUUGGGAAACCAAAUCCGCACUGUGCGCUGUGUCCAGUUCCUUCACGAGGGCACUAACCGCUCCAUCCACAGCAAAUACUGCAGUGGGGAAAAGCCUGAGAUCAGGAGGGCAUGCAACAGAAUACCCUGCCCAGCCCAAUGGAGGACCGGGGCCUGGUCAGAGUGCUCAGUGUCCUGUGGGGAGGGUGUGGUGCGACGCCUGGUCACAUGUCGCAUUGGAGAUCAAUGCACCGGCGAGAAGCCUGAGUCACACAGACCCUGCAGGCCAGGACCCUGUCACGAUGAGCCAUGCGGAGGAGACAAGUCCAUAUUCUGUCAGAUGGAGGUUCUGGCUCGUUAUUGCUCGAUACCAGGUUACAACAAGCUCUGCUGUGAAUCCUGCAGUAAGCGAAGUGGUACUUUUUCUCCUCUUCUGCACGAAGCUGCUGAGAUGGAAGAGGAACUUCGCUUCGGUUCAGCCUCUCAAUUUCUGGAGACACUUUCAGCCUCAGCCGUUAAUGGAACACUGAAAGGCCCUCAGCAGCAUCAGCGGGGAUCCUCGUCACAAGGCCAAUUUGCCAAGCAAACCGCCACUCCCCCGCCUCGCAAACCCCAUACCGAGAAAAGCAAAACUCAAAAGCUCCUCAAACCUGGCGCGAGAAAUCUGCCUGCAAUGACGAUCCAUAGCUUGUGGAACGAGAACGCCGCUAAUGAUGCACCAUGGCUGCUGGAAAGUUUCCAAGAGACUCAGUGGCCAACAGCAUCAUCCGAGGUGGAGAGAUGAAGGCUAGUUUGUCUCUUUUUUCCCCUCUGGACUCUCUCUCUCUCUCUCUCUCUCUCUUAUUUGUUUGUUGUAGAUAUAGAUCUUUAACAUUCAUCAUUCCCUUCAGAUCAUCCUCAAGAUAUUUGAAAGCAAGAGAGAGUAAAGUGCUGGUUCACUUUCAAAUGUUCUCAAUUCCCUCGCCAGCAGUAUUUGUUUUUAGAACACACUUGUCAAUCACACACUGUUGUGAAGGGGAAUGUGCCAAAGACUUUUUUACGAUGAUCCUCUCAGCAGCCUGGUCUAUGAAGGUGAAGAGACUCUGGUGGUACUCGUGAGGAAAUGCUUGUAGUUGCAUCAAACUUCACAAUCUAUACAGUUUUAUUUUGAACGGCUCCAAACUUGUUUGACCAAAUAAUAUUUAUGAACAUUCCUGUAAAUACUGUAUAUGGAAAAUGUCAGUAUUAUUUUUUCAAAAAAACAAAAAAAAACAA